UCUUGGCAUUACGACUUAUAAAACAGUUACAUAAAAUGAAAGAAAAACACUCAUUAUAUUGAAAGUUAUGUAUCAGUCAGACAGAUCAAUCAAAAGUUGCGCCAAAUGAUGUUUUCAUAAAUACAUUUAAUUUAACUAAAACUUGAAGAAUCUUAGUAAUGUCGCAAGAUCAUACAUUUUGUAAUAUGCUAUUACAAUGUCUUAAUAAAGAUACAAAUUCUUCUAUACAGCCCGAUCUUGCAGCAUCUUUGGAGCAUUUCACAAAAAAUGAUAUUUAUCGAAUUUUAGAACUCAUUCAUUUAUCUAACGACACUCAGAUACAAAUUAAAUUGAUAUCUGUUUUAACAAUUUAUCUGAUGUCCAAAGACCCUGACAGAGAAAUGAUUAUAAAAUUUAACCCCUUAUACGAUAAAAUAUGUGAGAUACUAACAAAGGGUCACCAAAAAAAGUCUUACCUAACUUUAAACUUCCUCUCGAGCCUUCUGCACACGGAUGACGACGCCGCGUGUACUCGGGGCCGCGCACAAGUUCUUUACGCACAGAAUAUGAUUCGAGCCAGCGGAUGUCUGAUGGCUAUGGCUAAUCUAUUCAUUAAUGGUUUACUGCACCAGGAUACGUGGCAAGCGCUUUGUCGAUGCCUCGCUGACUCGUGUUCCGGUUUGGAAAGUAAUCAGAACUACUGCUCACAUCUUAUUCCCGUGUGCGUGCGUCGCUGUCGGCCGGGUAACGAGCACGUAUUCCAAGUAGUACAAAGUUUGCUGAGUAACAACGAACGUAACACCCAAUUAUUCUUCAAGAGUGGCGGCUGUCGUAUGUUCAAUAGAGAGUAUUUGAAAUACGACCGAUGUUUGCAAGUUUUAAAUACUGUUGUAUCAAAUCCGGUCGUGAGAGACAAAGUCUUAAAAGAUACUAAUAUAGUUGUCGAUUUGCAAGAUUUAAAACAAUUGUACGGAUCUACGUCACAAGUUAGUACUUUUCAUUUGAUGUAGUAAAUAUUAUAAUAUUUAAAGAUGGCUUUUGUUCCUUUCGCGAUGUAACGAUAAUCGUUUGUAAUAUACAAUUAGAUGAAUGAAGGUUUUCUCUUUACAGGUGGGGCAAUGGAUGUCAAUCAUUUUUUACACAUUAAAUUUGAAAGGUCAAGAUUACGUAAAAGGAGUAAAAAAUACUGAGCCUUUGUUAAAUAAAAAGUGUGAAAAUACACGUAUGAUAGGUGACAACGUGCUGCACGUACCAAUUGUCAACAGUAUGAAUUCUGAUAAAAUGGAGGAUACGUCGGAGUUAUUAAAAAAUAUUAUAACAGAAGUUUUAAAUUACAAACAAAGGCAAAAUAUAAAUCCCAAUAUAAUAAAUACAUCAAAAUCAUAUCUUUCCAAUAAAAUAUUUAAAGAUGCUAAUAUUUGUAUCCAGAGUAUGAAAGACUCUAUUGAUAUACAAAAACCAAAAAACAAAACCGAACUGAAUAUUUCUUCACUUUCAUUCUUAUCAAAUAAUAAUACAAUUGAAAGUUCUUUAAAUAUUAACUUUAAAGACGAAGAAAAUUUUUACGAUAAAAGCAUUUGUUCUAAUAAAAAAAUAUUUGUUGAAAAGAAAAAAGCGACAAAUAAAAGUGUAAGUCAUUGUUGCAAUGAAACAAAGGAAAACACGCAGAUAAGUAUAGAUUUUAAGCCAAAAUGUGCCUCAACACCUAAACAAACUAUAACGAACAGAUCAAAUAAUUUCACACCAAGGCCUAUACACAAAUCUUACAAGAAACAAUAUAAAAACUUUUCUAUUGACUCUGAAUUCAAAAUGAAAACUAAAAGUAAUAAAGACGAAAGUGUUCAAAGGAGAUUUGGAGCCAGUAGGAUACUGGAUGUGAUAAACGAAACUUGUACGACAAUAAUGAAAAGCGUUACAAAUGUCUUCAGAUCGAAGAAAAGAGAAGACAGUUUAAGUCAAAGCUACAAUAGUGAGAGACAGAGUCAGUGUGCGAACAGCUUCACCAACUAUAUGAGGCGAAGAGACACUAUGUUAGAGCAGGACAGCACUAACAGUUACUGGAACGAUUUAAUGGAAGAAGUACAAUACGAAUGCAACACUUGCAAUGAUACAUUAUCACUCAGGCGAAAGUUUUCAAACGAUGACUUCCUCAGAGAAACCGUUAAUAAGCUUAAGUUGGGUAUUAAUCUCUAUGGAUGUAAUUUUAAG